AUGGUGUAUGUCCUCAGCACACUGAAUGACUCUGUACUGCAUAACGCCAGCCUUGAGGACAGCAGGGACUCCCCGAUGCCUGGUCUCAGCAGGACUGCUCACAGUGCUGUGGCAGUGUGCCUGGGCUUCAUCCUGCUUCUGGGAUCAGUGUAUAACUUUUUGGUGCUGCUGAUCUUUGUGAAGUUUGAGGUGGUGAGGACACCUAUUAAUAUGAUCCUGCUGAACAUCAGCGUCAGUGACUUGCUGGUCUGUAUCUUUGGGACCCCCUUCAGCUUUGCGGCCAGUGUAUCCGGCAAGUGGCUCAUAGGACAGCAGGGAUGUAAGUGGUAUGGCUUCUGCAACUCCUUGUUUGGAAUCGUCUCCCUGGUCUCUCUCUCCAUGUUAUCCUAUGAACGCUACCUUACAGUGCUGAAGUACACAAAAGUUGAUGCCACUAACUACAAAAAUGCCUGGAUUUGUAUUGUUGGAUCUUGGCUCUAUUCUUUCUUCUGGACGACACCUCCCCUUUUUGGCUGGAGUAGUUAUGGACUUGAAAGCUCAGGUACCACCUGUUCAGUAGUAUGGCACUCAAGAUCACACAACAACGUAUCAUACAUUGUGUGCCUCUUCCUAUUCUGCCUGGUCUUACCCCUGCUCGUCAUGAUAUUUAGCUAUGGUCACAUUGUUCGAACAAUCCGAGGGCAGAUGUGCAGGAUUAACCUAACAACAGCUCAGAAGAGGGAACACCAUUUAUUAUUCAUGGUGGUAUGCAUGAUCACUUGUUAUUUGUUCUGCUGGUUACCAUAUGGAUUAGUGUCCUUGAUCACAACAUUUGGAAAGCCUGGAGCAGUUUCACCCACAAUUAGCAUCAUACCAUCUAUUCUUGCCAAGAGCAGCACUUUUAUUAAUCCCCUAAUUUAUAUUUUUAUGAAUAAACAGUUUUACAGGUGUCUUUUAUCUCUCUUGAAAUGUACAUCAGAACUACAUGACACUGACCUCACAGUAAACUCAAGAAACUCCAAAGACCUACAUAUUAAAGAAAAUGGCAGGGUCCAACACAGCUUUAACCAGACAUUACCAAGAAAGGACACAAUAUCUUCUGCUGCAAAACACCAAAAAUUGAAUCUUGUAGUUCAUUACAUAGAUUAUAAAUGA